AUUAUAUAGAGUUCAGUGUAGGAUGAGCCAAAAGUGCGGUAAAGUUUCGCGGAAUUGGCGGGUAACAUUAUUUCCGCGGGUAAAAAUUGACGGCGGGGGCAAUUUACAAAAUUUAAAAGGAAAAUGAGCGAUCAUAGAGAGCGACGAAAAUUAUGUAGUUCAAAAAGAGUGCCUGUUUUUUCAGCAUUAUUCCUAUUAAUCGCCACGACUGCUGUUUUCUUUGUAUUCCCGUAAGUAUACAGUUUAUUGUCAUGCCUUAAACGUGUCGAAACUCCUCAAAAUCGUGUUGUUUUUGUUGAUUUUAGAUGUCGCUAUCUUGUGGCUGAAGUAUCGCCAUGGAUAGCUGUGUACGAAGCUAUUUUAACACUCGUUAUAAUUAGUAAUUUUUUCCAAGCUACUAUUCAAGACCCUGGCAAGAUACCAAGAGGUAAAUGGCCGACAUGUUUUGGCCAAAUCGAUUUGUUUAAACCACAAAAUAUAUACCGAAUUAUAUAUAUGUUAAACAUGGAAUUUAGUAUUGACUUGUAAUGAUGUCUUUUAAAUUUUUAAAAUUACUUAAUGGAGCUUUAAUGCAAUUUUUGUAAGGAUAUUCAUCUCUGCUUGAAUGUUGCUGAAGCAAUUUCAUGAAAAGGGCGAAGUUCUAAGUGAAAUGUCAAAGCAUUUUUAAGCGGAAUAUGAGCUAAUGAGCCAAGCCUAUAGUUUAUUUUUUCAAUAUAGAAACAUAUCAAUUGUGGUACAGACUUAUCAAAUUUAUUUAAUAAUAAAAUAAGCCAUAUUAAUUUGAAACUAGGCAAAUUUCCUUUGGCUCAAAAGUUUUUUUUGGAUGGGAAAAGAUUAUUUUGUUUGUACCUGAAGACUUUCAAUAUCCCUAGAGGAAGCAGGAAGUACUGACAAUUAUUCAUGACAAGUGACUGUAUAAAACACAGCUAAAAAAUUAAUGGCUCAAUUUAAUUCUCAAGACAGAUGAUCUGUCUGGGCAAACUAGGGCAAAGGCAGUUUAUCUGUAUAUAUAUAUAAAAGCUAUGUUUGCACAAUAUACUCCAAUACAGUGUAGAUUUCCAUAGGACUUCAUGACUUAGAUUCUUGCACUUCACUUGGUGGAAUUAAUAUUAGAAUGUUAGGUUUUGGAAUCCAAGUGAGAAUAUUCUCACGUACCUAUUUGAUACAGAAUAUACAACUGAGCAAAACAACAUCUCUCUGUUGCAAUAAUUCAUUUGCACAUAGUGUUCCUAAAAGGUACGGGUAGCUGUUUUUUAUGUCGCUACGGAAAGAUUUCUGGUACAGUCUAAAUGUAGCAUAAAUUUGGCAAACAAGUGGAUCAUUGACAAGUUCAUGAUGGCAAUUGUAAAACCAAGAUCAAUUUGUACUCGACACUGAGGACCCAUCCACAUGGUUCAUAAUUUGUUUGCAUCCAGAAGCAUUCAGUUGGGGUUAGUGAUUGGCCAAUUGAUAGUCGGAAUCGGGCCGAUUUUUGCCUCAUUAGUCUUAACAGUAGACAAUCUGGAUCGGUAGAAUUACUUGUAUUUUCUGAUUGAGUAAAACCAAUUGUUUAGAAAAUAUACACUUAAAAAAAUUACAUACUGUACAUUGUGCGUUGAUACAUGUUGAAUGUACAUAUAUACACUAGCGUGUUUUGUCUUUUGUGUAAAGCAAAUUAAAGAAAGGUACACUUUUAAGGUAGCGGUAAUAUGUUAUGUAAUUCAAAGCGAAUCAACCGUGUAAAAACUAAGUGUUCUUUGAGCAACCAUAUUCUAAUCAUAAUUUAAGAGUUGAAUUCUUUGAUAAGUGCAUAUUCUAAUCAAGCCUGAGAAUAAAUUUCCAAAGGUGCCUGACAAAGUGUCAGUCAGGCACCAACUGAUUGGUGCCCGACACUGGGCAUUUUGUGCCAGCUGACAAAAAAUAUUAAUGCAAUAAAGCAAAUAUAGUUUUUUGUGGGAUCCUUAAAAUAAAAGAAGUCAAUGAAAAGCUUAGUAACAACAAUUAAGCCAUAAGUCGAUUAUGUCAUACAGAAUCGAACAUCAUACAUUUCACAGCAUUUCACAAGCAUAUUCACUGUCUCAAUGUUCAUAUGUGAUGACAUUUGGUCAUACACAUAAUUUCUAAAUGGGGAAUGCAAAUAUUUUGAAAUAUUAUAAUGAAAUUUUUAAUACCAGUUGUAGACAAUUUUAGUUGUACCAAUUUUCCCAAUAGUUGUGUCUGACAAUUAUACCUUUUCGUAUUGGACCUCCCCCACAGAGGAAAUUGUAUGUUAACCCCCCUACCGCCUUCGGAUGUCCUAAUACACUUAGUACUAUUAUCAGAAACAAUUUUGUCUCCCCUCCCCCUGUGGACGGCAGAAAUUUUCUCUGUGGGGGAAGUGUGGACCUUUUCUGGAACGACCAAUUAAUCCAUGCUAACGAAACACAACAUUACAGAAUAAUUGUAACCAAUCAGCACAUUUUGAUAAAUUUACUUAUUUCCCACUUCAGUCGCUUUAGAAGCCAUUCCUGACGAUGACUUCAAAUCGCCAUUGUUCAAAAGUGUCGAGAUUAACGGGAUUUCAAUCAAAAUGAAAUGGUGCGACACUUGCAAGUUCUAUCGACCGCCGAGAUGCUCACAUUGUAGUCUCUGUAAUAGAUGUAUUGAGGUAUAUGUCACCUAGAUUUUUAAAUAAUGUUUAAUGAGAUACAUGCAUACUGUACUAGGCAAAAGGUAGGGAGUAUGGGGCCAUUCUGCCCCAGAAAAUUUUUAAAAUUUGAAGCCCUGAAAUACUAUCAGGGCUCAAAAUAACAGGAGAUAGGUCUCCGGUUAAAAAAAGCAGUCAACUUGAUUUUAGCUCAGUCAAAAUCUGUUUUUGACCGGUCAUUGAUACGCUUACACUAUAACAGUGAAACAAAGUCAGCCACCUAAGUAACAUGAGUCACGAUGGAAUAAAUAGAGAAUAAUACAUAGGUGUGCGGAAAUACCAGAUUUAUUUCGAGUGUUGAACAUGAUAUCUCAAGAGUGAAAUAUCAUGUUCAACACUAGCAAUAAAUCUGGUAUUUCCAAGCAUCCAUGUAUUUUUCUGUUUAUUAUAUAAAGGGGACAGUCUUUGAAAAGUGAUCAUUUUUACAGAGAAGCGACAACCGAAAAGCGAUAAUUUUCACAUGUGAAAUUAUUAUCAUGAUAAAUAAUCUCACAUGUGAGAUUAUCAGUUUUAUCAGUGCUUGAAAUCUCUAUAAAGCACAAUACUUUCUAUAAUAAUUCCUGAUAUAUAUUAUGGGCAUGCCAAUAUUUCCAUUUGUUUCCAGGUUUUUGACCACCACUGUCCAUGGGUGGACAACUGUGUUGGAAAGAGGAACUAUCGAUAUUUCUUCCUGUUCUUAUCAUCGCUCAGUGUACAACUUGUCUCUGUAUUUACUUUCUGUUUGAUUGCAACUUUGAAAUUGGAUGGUGAUUUUGAUGAUAGUAAUGUUAUUGCAUCGUAUCCUUAAAAAUAUUAAUUAGACCGUCAAUGAGUCUCCACUUGAUUAGCAAGUUCUAUAGUCUAAGGGGCAAGCUCUAAAUUCAAAUUGUGCACUUCAAAACGUAGUUGAAUGAUAUGACAGACCUUGCCAAUCACAGACAUUAAGCGUUCAUAAAUAGAAAUACAUGCCUUGCCCGGUGCGAGGGAUAUACAGUACAACUACCAAUUACAAACUCUUCACUGGAACGAACGCUUUCCGAUGAAGGGGCCUUCGCUCGAAACUUCGAAAUUUCGCUUCGAUUUUUCAAGUUUGACAACAAGCCGUCGACAAGUUGUGUUUGCACUGCUUGUCCCAAGUUGUCAACAAGUUUGGAACAAGAUUAAGCUUGAUGGCAUAAUCAGACUUGUUGCAAGGUUGUUCCAACAAGUCCGAUACAGUCAUGACAUAACGAUAUUGACUUACAACCUUGUAUGGUCAACCUUGUAACAUUCUUGUUAUAUCAUGACUGUAUCAGACGUGUUAGAACAACCUUGUAACAAGUCUGAUAAUGCCAUCAAGCUUGUUACAAGUUGUUAACGGCGUGUUCCAAACUUGUUACAACAACUGGGAACAAGCAGUGAGAACACAACUUGUUGACAGCUCGUGAACAGAUUUGUAACAACUUGUUUGCAGACCUGUAACAACUUGUGCGUUUUUACAUGUGAUUUUAUUGUGUAGUUGUACAGUAUAUCUCUCAAUUCCCAGCUAUUUUGUCUUCCCUUUAUCUGAUGCCAUAUAUAUUUAUGAUGCAUACUGUACAGCAGGUAGACACACUAUAAAUAAAUCAGGCAAUUCCCUUAACUUAUUCUCAGUGUCGUAAUAAUGGUGAUAUGUGGCCUAGUUGCUUUUCCUGUCUUUGGUUUAACAUUCUUUCAUAUUGGACUCAUUUCUUGGGGAAGAACGACAAACGAACAGGUACAGCCAUUUUCUAUGAGUUUUUACUUUGAAUUUCGAUGAGCCACCUCAUCUUUGAGUACUGUCUUGAAUCUUUAGGUUACGGGUAAAGUUCGUCGCGGUUUUAAUCCGUUCAAUAGUGGUUGCUGUGCAAAUUGGGAAAAAGUCUUUUGUUCUCCAAUACAACCGCAGUAAGUGAUGUAUUCUGUUCUAGUCGUUAGAUAUGCCUGUUUAAACAUGGAAUUUACCAAAUAGGCCUAUCAGUCUAUCAGCCUUAAACUUCUCUAGAGGUGUAAUAUAAGGGUCAUACUUUACUGGAACAGUGUUAAGACCAUGGGCGCUUUCCAUUUAAUGACCAGACCGGUUAGACUAGAUUUCUGUCUCGUUAUUAAUGGAAGAUCUGGCCCAUGUUUCACGAAAAUCUAGCGAAAAUGGGCCUCCUUCUAAUUUGAUCCAAAUUUUCCGGUCAGAAAGGUCCGAAGGCCAAAUGUUUUGUGUUCCACCCAACAAUUUGACCGUUCUGACCGAAUUAAUGGAAGCGCCCCAUGUUCACGAGCACUUUUUGCCGAAACUUGCAACGCCAUUUUGGAUACGGAGCCAUGUUACUAAAACGUCGUCACAGAAAAAUGUGAACAUGCCCGCAUUCUACUCUGCUGACAAUUUCUUUACAUACCACACUCGUAAGGGAUGAAACGUAGAAGAAAUGGGUUGAAACGUGUCGGCCGAAUAGACCGUGGUCAGAAAGUUUUAUAACGUGGCUUGAUGUCAGAAUUGCGUUGCAGGCUGCAGCAAACUUGCCUCGUGUGAUAUGGGUUUUCCUUGGGAAACUUGAACUAAAAUCUCGUUAUUUCUGUUGCAAAGCUAAUUGUUCAUUCCCUAUAUGCUGCAUUAAACCGUGAUUAAACAAGAAUAACUGAGUCAUACUGAAACUCAAGCAAUCUUCUCACAUGCGGCUGAGGCAAAAUUAUAAUCCAACAACUACCUGUUAUAUACAUUUGCAAAAACCCCAGUCACAGACCUUAAAGGCAAAUAUAUAUUAACCACUGAUUUUGUGUCAUUGACACCUAUUAAUUUCAACCGUAAUGUUCUGUUUUUUCUUUAUCAUCAGCCACAUGCAUUGUGAAAAACUGAAUGAACAGUCAGAUGUAAAUGGAGAGACAUCGCCUCAGGAUGUAAGAUUUGAAAUGGAGAUGAUGCCAAAUCAUGAAAUGUCAUUUACAAAUACACGGAAUUCAAAUGGAACUAGGGUAAUGUGAUUAGCUGAACUAAACUAAACCAUCUUCAUUUACAUUGGAUAGCUCUUUUGUAAACUGUUCUCCCUUGAGGUCCUCUAAGGUAAACUGUUCUCCCUAGAGAUCCAGUAAGGUAAACUGUUCUCCCUAGAGAUCCAGUAAGGUAAACUGUUCUCCCUAGAGAUCCAGUAAGGUAAAUUGUUCUCCCUAGAGAUCCAGUAAGGUAAACUGUUCUCCCUAGAGAUCCAGUAAGGUAAACUGUUCUCCCUAGAGAUCCAGUAAGGUAAACUGUUCUCCCUAGAGAUCCAGUAAGGUAAACUGUUCUCCCUAGAGAUCCAGUAAGGUAAACUGUUCUCCCUAGAGAUCCAGUAAGGUAAACUGUUCUCCCUAGAGAUCCAGUAAGGUAAACUAUUCUUCGUAGAGAUCCAGUAAGGUAAACUGUUCUCCCUAGAGAUCCAGUAAGGUAAAUUGUUCUCCCUAGAGAUCCAGUAAGGUAAACUGUUCUCCCUAGAGAUCCAGUAAGGUAAACUGUUCUCCCUAGAGAUCCAGUAAGGUAAACUGUUCUCCCUAGAGAUCCAGUAAGGUAAACUGUUCUCCCUAGAGAUCCAGUAAGGUAAACUGUUCUCCCUAGAGAUCCAGUAAGGUAAACUGUUCUCCCAGAGAUCCAGUAAGGUAAACUGUUCUCCCUAAUGUCUACUUUUCAACGUGUUUUAACAGCCGGAUGGCAUUUCACCUCCACCGCCCCAGAAAACGAACCUACAAACUCCAGAACCUCGAUCUGAGCCUACCCUCCUCCCUCAGACAAGUCCCCUUCGUUCUCCACGUUCCCCAAAUGCAAGAGGAGCUUCGCCGAUGUUCUACACCCCUGAGAAACAGCUGGGACAAGUGAGGGUAUAUCGGGAAGCAGAGGUAUAAGAAUAGAUCACAUAGUCUUCAACUUCGUACCAAUAGAAAACGGAAGGGGGGCUGUGCCCCUCGAUAGGACAUAUUGUUUGUGUAUCAUAAACAUAAUUAUCUGUUUCCUGUUAGCUAGUUUAUAAGAUAUAUUUAAAACAUUGAGGGUUCCGCAUGUGAAAUCUUCUCCAAAAAACAGUGGUGUAACUAUUCUUACCACUUGCGAUUAGGGCAAGUUAGACAAAGUAAGUUUUGUAUAUAUUUGCAUUACGCGCGGGAAAAAUAACUAUUUUUGAGCUGAAAGUGGUUAUUUCUACCUUGCGUAAUACAAAUAUAUACAAAAUUUGCGAACUUCACAGGGCUAUAUUUUCUUCAUUUUACAACAUUUAGCAACCACUAAAUUUUGCAGUUUUACUCAUUCUAAGAUGCUCUUUCGAGCUGUGGUGUUGGAUUUCGUUCUUCUUGCCUUGAUCAAAAUUUAGUUUAGAGCUGGAAUCACCCAUUGUUGAUUGGCUCGUAGGCACUGUUUUUCAAGAAGCCAUUUAUUACAAGUAUUUACAAUUGAAUGCACUACAUUUGUUCCUAAAUAUAUCCUAUCCUAUGUAUAUAUUUACAAAGUUGCCAUAUAUUGAAUCAAAUGCCGUCGUCAAGAAUACGUUUAAAUUUGUUAAGGCUAAUGCCUUUUUCUUUUGCUGUAAUAUACGAAUGAAUAGAUAGUAGCCAAUAAAAGAAUGUAUUUUUCUCACGUGAUACUGUACGUGAUAUUUGCAGCUACUGUAUUUUGAAAUUUAGAGCGAAGUAAAAUAUUAGUUUAAGUUUAGCACUUUAGUUUAUGUUUGCGACAAACACAUAGAGCUGAGUUAACUGCAUAGAAAUAUUAGACCUAAUAUUUCUAUUAGGUCUAAUAUUUCUAUGGUUAACUGGCACGUGUGACGACUCAGCCAAAUGCUCUCGUGUGAGCUUUUACCAAACAUAUUGUUCAAACCAUAGUUAAGAUAUGCUCUGGGUACAGUCUGUCAAGAUAUGAUGGUCUGCAAACUCGGCAAACUUCAAAGCUACAAAGUAGAAGAGCUUUGUUUGAUGUUGAACUGUACCUCAACGUGCACAAAUCCUUUGUCUCAACUUCAGUAAGGGACGUACCAUUAGAAAAGUGAUGGGGGG